UCUCCCUGACGCGGACGCCCAGGAAGGGUUUGGAGGCCAAGCAGGCGCUGAUCACUGAGGUAAGUGCGGCCCGGCCCGGCGCGGUGCCCCCCUCGCCGGUGCCCGGCUACCGGCUAACCGCUGCCUCGCAGCUGCGGAGAUGCGUGGACACCUACAAGUACAUUUUCGUCUUCUCCGUCGCCAACAUGAGGAACAACAAGCUGAAGGACGUCCGGAACGCCUGGAAGCACAGCAGGAUCUUCUUCGGGAAGAACAAAGUCAUGAUGGUGGCGCUGGGACGGGAGCCGAGCAGUGAGUACAAGGAGAAUCUGCACAAGGUCAGCAAACACCUGAGAGGGGAAGUCGGUCUCCUCUUCACGAACCGCACCAGGGACGAGGUGGACGAGUGGUUCUCUAAAUUCAGAGAGGUGGACUUUGCCCGCGCAGGGAACAAGGCAACGUACACGGUGAGCCUGGACACGGGGCCCCUGGAGCAGUUCCCCCACUCCAUGGAGCCGCAGUUACGGCAGCUGGGAUUGCCGACGGCGUUAAAGAAAGGAGUGGUGACGCUACUUUCCGAUUAUGAAGUCUGCAAAGAAGGGGACGUUCUCACCCCCGAACAAGCCCGCGUCCUGAAACUCUUUGGCUACGAGAUGGCGGAGUUUAAAGUCACCAUCAAAUUUCUGUGGAAUUCGGAGACGGGAGACUUCCAGAAGCUUGUGGGAGACACGGCAGAGGAGGAGGAAGAGGAGGACGACGACGAUGACGACAGCAAUGAGGACUAG